AUGGAUGAAGAAUUAAAUAUUACCUAUAUAAGUUUUGAUAGACAUGUGGAAAAAUACAGAUAUUUUAAUUUUUUUAUUAUGUUCACAUUAUAUAUUCUAAUAACUUGCAGUAACUCUAUUAUUAUAUACCUCAUUUUGAUCCACAAAAAUCUCCACAAACCUAUGUACACUUUUAUUGCAGCAUUGCUACUGAACGUUGUUAUUUACGCCACAACUAUUUACCCAAAACUCCUGAUUGACUUUUUAUCUAAAAAACAAAUCAUAUCAUAUUCAGCAUGUCUCUUUCAGUUUUCCAUAAUUUAUUCUCUGGGUUCUUCAAAGUUUGUUCUCUUGGCAGCCAUUGCCUAUGACAGAUAUAUGGCUAUAUGCAAACCUCUACAAUAUCCAACCAUCAUGAGAAAAAGCACUGUGAGUAUUUUCCUGGUCAUAGCUUGGCUUGUACCUGACCCUGACAGUAUUGCAGUCCAAGCAAUAGGAAUGGCUAAAAGUAAACUGUGUUCCUUUCAUUUAAAAUCAAUAUUUUGUAACAAUGCAAUUUACACUCUUCAGUGUGUAAGAUCAAGGUUAGUUACUGUAUUUGGUAUAAUUUGUUAUUUUGAUUUUGUGAUACUUCCUCUUCUUUUUAUAGUUUUCACAUACACAAAAAUCUUUAUGGUCUCUUAAAACAGUCGUAAAGUAAUCAAGAAAAAAGCUGCAGAGACCUGUUUACCCCACAUACUGGUUUUAGUGAGCUUUUCCUGUUUAGGUGUCUAUGAUGUAACCAUAUCUCGAGUGGAAUCAGAUUUCCCUAAAACUGCACGCUUUAUAGUGUCAUUACAGCUAGCUUUGUAUCAACCUUUAUUUAAUCCAUUAAUAUACGGGCUUAAAAUGAAGGAAAUUUCUAAACAUCUAAAAAGGUUGUUUUGUCCAACAAAAAUUAUUUGA